AUGCCGAUAAAUGGCUUCCGAGGAAAUCUAUUGCGCCGUAAUGCUGAUGCUGCUGUCCAGCCCAAGUCAAACGCACUUGCACCCAACACACACCAGUACAACACAUCUACGCUUCCAUCCUCUUCCCACAAACCCCCACCCUUGUGCUUACCAUCUACGAUGACCCCGUUCCAUCGAAAGUCUUCGCAAGGCUGGAACUGCCUCAGAAAUGCUACCUCUCAGGCCCCAUACCUUUCACUUUCGUUAUUGAGUUUUCUACCAAUAGCAAAGAGCCAAUCACAAUCGACAAGUUACGCUCACCCCUGUCUGUUUGUAAACGACCUGAAUACCAUCGAUAAAUUGAUCGAAUGCCGCAACGUCGACACAGAAGAGGAAGUCAACUGGUCUGCUUUCUUUGGCUAUUACGACUUCGAUCCCCACCCGUCAUUUCUGGCUGAUGACGAUUUCGUUGAAAUAUCUAUCGACAAGCCCUGGCGUUUCGAAUAUACUUUGGAGAACAUGGUCUGUGAGUACGAUACUGUACGCAGUAUGUUUGGCUUAGAAUCAAGUCAAAAGUACAGUACUAGGAUUGCGGACAGUGCCCUCUCGGCGUUUUCGAGGUGGCAGUAUGGCCGGAAAGAAGAUUUGCUAAGUGGACUUGAAGAGGAUAAGAAGCAGCGAUGGAAGAUCGACCGCGGAAAGCGAGGCAUUCUCGUUGUUGAGCAGAUGGGCGAGCCAGCCGAGUUUGAAGUCCUACCUUGGUCACCAACUCGACGUCCCAACAACGUCUUGCAAGAUCCUGGCUUUACACCGAACACAAGCAUGCAUGGCUUCCACCCGCGUAAAUAG